AUGGUUUAUGCAGUGAAGGGGCAAAGAGGCUUGCUAAAAGUGGUUUGCCUGAAAGGGUUUAUUCCUCUGGCUAUUUCUAUAACAUCUGUCUAUCCGAAGGCCAAGAUGAGCUCCCCACCCACGCUCCUGCAGCUGGCAAGAAGAAGUCUGCUAAAAGAUGAAGCUUUGGCCAUCUCUGCUCUGAAAGACCUGCCCAUGGAACUCUUCCCACCACUAUUCAAAGAUGCCUUCACUGGAAAACAAACAAACAUCCUGAGGGAGAUGGUAGCAGCCUGGCCCUUCCCAUGCCUUCCUGUGGGAGCCCUGAUGAAGAGUCCCCACCUGGAGACAUUGAGGGCUGUGCUGGGUGGCCUGGAUUUGCUGAUUAACCAGAAGGAUCAGCCUAGUCGGAAACUAAUAGUGCUUGAUUUGCGGGAUGCCCAGCAUAACUUCUGGAAUGUGUGGGCUGGAAUAGAGGAUGGUAUCUGCUCUCCAGAUGUCGUUACUGAGACCCAACCUGUGGUGCAUCAUCCCAUACAAGAGGGGAAACAAGUCGUGACUGUGUUGAUGAACCUUUCUCUCAAAUCCAGCCAUCUUUGUAAAUACCUAAGGUGUUUCUAUUGGUGGGCCAAGAAGAGAAAAGAUGUGGUGCAGGUGAUCUGUCAAAAGCUGGAGUUUUGGGCCCUGCCUGUCUAUAACCCCCUAGAGCUGCUGGAGGUAUUUGAGCCAAGCUCUAUACAGGAAUUGGAAGUGAAUAAAUGCUGUGACCUGGGGACUCUUGCAAUGAUAGACCCUGGCCUGGGCCAGAUGACAAACCUUUAGAAACUCAUUAUCAAUGAAAUAUACAUGCCUUUGGAGCUGCUUGGGAACCAAGAGAUGAAAGAAUGGUGUUUUACAGAGAUCAUCCCCCAGUUCUCCCAACUCAACAUGCUCCAGCAUCUCUAUUUGAAUGAUGUCUUCUUUCUGAAUGAACGACUUGACCAAGUGCUCAGGUGCUUGAAGACUCCCUUGGAGACCCUUGCAAUCACUAGCUGCAUGCUAUCAGAAUCAGACAUGGGUUAUCUGUCCCAGUGUCCAAGCAUCCAUCAGCUCAAACAUCUGGACCUGAGUGGUGUCCCCUUUUUGAAUUCAAGUCAUUCACUUCUAGGAAGACUGCUAGAAAGACUGACAGCUACUCUGCAGACUUUAGAAUUGAAGGGCUGUAUGUUGAUGGACUUCCAAAUCAGUGUCCUCCUGCCUGCCCUGAGCCAGUGCUCCCAGCUCACCGAAGUCAAUUUUAUGAAGAACUUCCUGUCUUUGUACAGCCUUAAGAAUCUGCUGCAGCACACUGCCAACCUGACACAUCUGACCCGGGAGAUGUACCCUGCCCCCAGUGAGGUCUAUGGUGACAAUGGUGAUGUCAUGCCAGACAGAUUUGUCCAACAUUGUUCUGAACUCAUGGAAACACUCUGUGUUGUAAGACAGCCGAAAGAGAUCUGCUUUGUGAGUAAGAGAUGUCUAGAUUGUCAGGGAUUCUGUGUUUAUAACUUGGAGGCCACACUAUGUUCAUGGGUAUGGGACUCAAAGCAGCAAAGGUUGGAACUGGAUGGGACAUUGGUGAAUGUGAAUGACAAUGAGAGGCUCCACGUGCUGCCAGGGUAG